GGAAUAUAAUAAAAAUUCUAUUGAGCAUGGUUUCUAUUUCAACAGGUCAAGCGGUCGGCUAUAGCUAUACACAGGUCAACAGUGCGGAAACAAGAUAUUUCACUUGGGAUGAGAGAGGAAAAAAGUUAAACAUUAUAACAUUAGUACGCACUGGACUACGUAAUCAGUAAUUAAAAUGCAGCCACUAUAUAGCUUUGACAUAAUUUCACUACAGUUAAUGGUUAAACACGUUGUGCCGCUGUAUGAAUUGAACACUUCCUUCCAAAAAGCCAAUCGGCAAGCGCUGCUCGACUGCUUUGGCCUUGUCGAAUUCCGCGUCUUCCGGGUUACCGCUGGGUGGUCAGAACGCGAGAUUUCCUGCUGUAAUAUUCAAAAAGAAACCGCGCACUUUUAAAUCUGCUCUGUCGUUCUUAAAUUACAGCUGCUGUUUUGGUGAACUCGAAAAUACUUUUCAGUUGGACGUGUUACAGCGUGCUAACAAUUCAGUGUCUUGUGGUGGACAAAGCAUGAAGGGUUGUCUUCUAGAUUGAUCUCAAGAGCAUCAAAAAUGGAUGAUAGCAUACAGCCCCUCUUUACAUUUGGUGUAAUAGCUGAUAUCCAGUAUGCUGACAUUGACGAUGGUUACAACUUUACGCAUACAAGAAAACGGUAUUACAGGAAUAGUCUUCAAUUGCUGCGUAGAGCAAACGAAAAGUGGAAAACGGAGACUGUACAACCUAGCUUUAUUCUUCAACUUGGGGACAUUAUUGAUGGUUUCAACAAAAAAUAUGAAGCAUCACAGAAGGCCCUUGAUACAGUUUUAACAGAGUUUGACAGAACUGGCAUCGCUGUGCACCAUGUGUGGGGGAACCACGAGUUUUAUAAUUUCAGUAGACAAGAUCUUAUUACAUCACUUAACAGCCAAAAUACAGAUUUUGCGAUGAGAGAGGAUGAAAUCAAACAGAAGCAUCCAGACAAUGAGCAGAGUUAUGCCUACCAUUUCAGUCCAGCUCCAAACUUCCGCUUUGUGGUGCUUGAUGCCUAUGAUGUCAGCCUUAUUGGACGCCAAGAAAACAGCGAGCAGUACAACCAGGCACUUAAAAUUUUACAGGAGCACAAUGGCAAUUAUGAUUUAAAUCAGCCCCCAGCAUAUUCAGGACUGGAACAGAGAUUUGUGAAGUUCAAUGGAGGAUUCGGCCAAGACCAGCUGGAAUGGCUGGAUAGGUUACUCUCUCUGUCAGAUCAGAAACUAGAGAAAGUCACCAUUGUGAGUCACCUUCCAAUACAUCCCAGUUCUACAGAUCCUGUAUGUCUUGCCUGGAACUAUGAUGACGUUCUCUCUAUUUUAUACUCGCAUAAGAGUGUAGUGUGUUUCAUGGCUGGACAUGACCAUGAUGGUGGCUAUCACCAAGAUAUCUCUGGUAUCCACCACCUCACUUUUGAAGGGGUCAUUGAAACUCGACCAAAUAAUGAUGCUUUUGGCACAGUGUAUGUAUAUGAGGACAGGAUGAAACUUAAGGGGAAUGGUAGAGUUCCACACAGAAGUCUUAACUAUGAGUGAGAAACAAUGGACAUUGGUAAACCUUACAGCAAUUUUAAUGCUAGACAUUUAUUAUUUACUAAAUCAAAAUGGAGUUUUGGGCUUGGAAAGUUUGAAUGAAGUAUUUGAAAUCAACCUGCAUUCACUUUACAUUGAUGGAAAUGCACUAUUCUGCUUGGCAAAUGUUCCCUUAUGAACUUGUAAUAAGUUAAAUUUGUCCAUGCCAAGACAUUUUUGAUUCAACAUGCCAGAAAUUACCAUUAAUUAAAAUAAAAUAGCGUAUAGAUCAGGCAAUCUUAUUUGCAAAGGGCCAGUGUGUAUGUGUGGCCCUUUCUGGAAGAUUGCCCAUCCCUGGUGUACAUGUAUCUUAACAAAAUAUACAGUUAUACAUUGCCCUGUUAUUGAAUAUUUAACAGUCUACUGUAACUCAUUGUUGGAUAUACAAUGUUAGCUGCUAGGAUAAUGGCAUCUUGAAAAGAGGGUACAUAAGUCGAGUAACAACUGUUUGUUUGACCUGCUCUGUCAUAUAUAUAUAUAUUUUUUUCUGAUUUGCUGAAAUUUUUCAUUUUUUUUUCUUUUUCUUGCAGUCUGUUUUCUGUACAACCAAUCAGUAAAUAUACAAUCCAAUCUUGUUGGACAGCGUGCAAUAUAUUUGGGGUGUUUGUAUUUAACAAAUGGCUGGCAUCUGGCUGUUUUGUGUAAAAAUAUUUUUAUUUGUAAAGUACAACUGUUUUUUUGACUUGCAUUUAAGAAAAAUGAUGCUUCUGUGCACAUUAGUGAUUGUUGAACCUUGACUAAUUGUUGUUGUUUACUUUGACAAUGGGAAAUUUUUAAUUAAAAAAUAUUAAAGAUA